UCUUAUUUUUCACUGGACUUACAUUCUAGAUACUCGUGACAUGCCAGUUUAGACUGUCCCCAUAAUGGGCUGACCGAAUGUCGUCGUGAAGAGACGAGAGUCUCGGCUGUACAGUUGGAGAUGUAUAUCGAGCAGUUAUCAAUCAAUCAGAACGUAGGUGAUGAACCGCCCAGAUGCUAGAAAGGAUUUCAUGACGAACAGUCGCCGGAUGAUGAUUACUUUAAGACUUUUAUCUCGAAGUCAACUCUCCAUAUGCGACGAUGAAGCGGGUGUUAAAGGGCAAGAGGCCGUGACCGCAGGCAUUCUUCUGCGGAUCCUCGAUGUUUUGACCUCCCAAGCUGCAAGUUGCUUCUCAGCUCCUUCUCUGCGUUCCUCUCAGGUUGGAUUGUUGCUCAUAUCUGGGCCAAUUCCAUGAUCAUCGAGGCCAUGAAUCUUGAAGCUCGGAUGGCCUGGUUUGCGGACUAUGAGCAUCUUCUGACUCCUGGAUUUCCUCAUCUUUGACCGUCGUACGAUGCAUGUCCUGGACGAAUUCAAUGAAAUAUGGAUGUCUGAUGGCCUGCACCAACAUUAGUUAGAGUAGUUCAAUUCAGUGCUUAUUAUGACCUCCCUGAGUAAGUAAGAGGUCAAUGACGUUGAGGGAGGCUACAUCUGCUCAUGUAACAGAGCAGUGCAAGCUCAAGUUGUGUUUUUGACAACGAGUCUCGCUAGACAAUGGAGCUCAGAGGAAGUGCGUCGUACAGCAUUGGCCUAACACUGGCCUUACUCUGCUUGAUAUGUGCGGUUCCCACAACUGCUCAACCAGGGCAGCUGAACAUCGAUUGCGGACACCUCAAGAAUUACUCGGACUAUUACUUCAACUGGGUGACGGACACUGGUUACAUUUCGACAGGCUACACUUCAGGUCAAGUCUGGGCAAGCGGACAAUGGACGGAUUUCAGGUUCUUCAACGACACCAGAAAGAAACACUGCUACACACUGCCCACCCUUCCGGACACAACGUAUCUCGUCCGUGCCUCGUUCUUGUAUGGGAACUUCAGCGAGCUCUACGGCAAUGUCUCGUUCGACCUGACGAUCAACUCCACGUACUGGACCACGAUCAACAUCGCUCCGGUGGUCGACUGGUACGCUGAAAAUCUCGGGGUAGAGGUCAUCCUGAGAAGGGACGUCAUCGUAAGAUCCAGUGGAACUAGUCUGUUCCUGUGCCUGGUCAGAAAAAUGGGCCUGCCAUUCAUUACGAGUAUACAACUGCGUAAACUCGCGGAUAAUAUGUACGAGGAAACGAAACAGGAUCAGAUUCUCGCCGUGGAGGCCAGGUGGGCGGCUAGCUCAUAUGACGAGGUCAGAUUUCCCGACGACCCAUACGACCGAAUCUGGCAAGCAGUCGACACCAAUACUGGAGUUAGCAGCGAUCAGCCGGUGGAUGUCUACGGGAGACAUGACCAGAACCUGAAGAUCGAGAACACCACGGAAAUACCCACCUCGUCUGGCAUCAAUCGGCCACCGUCAAAAGUAAUGCAGAAUGCCUACAUGUGGAACGAGACGACUGACUUCGCCUGGUUCUACCUCACGAACCUGAGCGAUCUGAGUGGUCAGUACUACACAGCACUCUACUUCCAAGAGAUCGAUGAGUUGGCAAACGCCACUUCCACAAGUGGCAGCAGGACGAUUUCUGUGAGCUUGGAUGGAGUCGAUUCUGUGGCUAAGGACAUCACUGUCACUUCCGAGGUUUCGAUGCUCACUGCUGUCUUUGAGACCACGGACACCUCUUUCAAUUUCACAUUCACCAAAGAUGCCGACUCGAAUCUACCUCCUAUGGUGAAUGCUUUGGAGCUGUACAGCGUGUAUGCCGUCGACCCAUUGGCUUUUACUGCACCCGAAGAUGUGGUGGCACUCCGUUACCUGCAACAAAGCUUGUCGGGGAUCGGUAACUGGAAUGGAGAUCCAUGCUUUCCUCAGCCCUGGGACUGGUUGACUUGUAACAGCGGCCGACCCGCAAGAGUCGUCAAAGUGAGGCUAUCAAACAUGUGGUUGAAGGGUACAAUCACUCCGAAUAUUACCGGUUUGACGGCGUUGACCGAUUUGUGGCUCGAUAGGAAUUUUAUCGGUGGAUACCUUCCGGACCCCGUGGGAAUGCUGAGUUUGAGAACCAUUCAUGUGCAGAACAACAGCUUGAUUGGGUCCAUUCCCUUCGGUUUCUCUAUACUACCGGAGCUUCAAGAAUUACUUGUUCAGAACAACAACCUGUCAGGACCAAUUCCACCAGGGCUUCUGGCUCCUCGAAAUGGCGUUAAUUUCUCGUUCGUGUAUGACGGGAAUGAAUUCCUCAGUAAGUGCCUUCCAGAAAAUGGCCCCUGCUUGCCUAAUUCCAGUCCGUCGGGCAUUGGACCUCCGGGAGCUGACUCCGAUCGGAAAAAGGCUGGUAUGAGCGCGGCUUUGAUAGUCGGUGCUGUGGCUGGUGGAGUUGGUGUUGUGUUGGCCCUCUUCUUCUUCUACUGCUGCUGCCUCAAAAAGACUCCACAUGCUGACCUCGAUAAAGGACUAGGUGCAGUUGGGAUGCUGAAGGCAGAUAAAGACGGAUCACAGCAGCUACAAGCCCGAGCUUUCAACCUCGCGGAGAUCACUACCAUCACUCACAACUUUGUAAGGAAACUUGGCCAAGGAUCCUUUGGGCCUGUCUUUUACGGCAAGCUCCCCGACGGAACAGAAGUAGCUGUUAAAGUGAACGCAGCAGAUUCCAGCCAAGGAACGGAGGAAUUUGUCAACGAGGUUGUUCUCCUCUCGAGAGUGCAUCACAAGUAUCUGGUGUCUCUGGUCGGGUACUGUGAAGCUCCUCAACAGCAUAUUCUGGUCUAUGCUUUCAUGCCCAACGGAACUCUGACGGAACACCUUCAUGGUGACAAGGCCAAAACAGAGCCUUUAACGUGGAUGGAAAGACUGGAGAUUGCUCUCAAUUCAGCUCAAGGCCUGGAGUAUCUUCACGCCUUCUGCAACCCUCCCAUCAUUCAUCGAGACAUCAAGCCCAGCAACAUCUUGCUCGACAACAACCUCAUGGCAAAGGUUGCUGAUUUCGGAAUGUCCAAGUCGGCACCCGAGGACUCCAGAACGGGAUUCUCGACAGCAGUCAAGGGUACCUUGGGUUACCUCGAUCCAGAGUAUCUCUCAGGCUGGAGGCUGACGACCAAGAGCGAUGUGUACAGCUUCGGUAUCAUCCUCCUGGAGCUCAUCACGGGCCGCAAGCCCACAUCAGUGAUCCAUUUCGCAGAUGGGACACAAGGAAACUUCAUGGGCUGGGCAAAGAGCGCUCAGAGGAGCGGCGACAUCCACUCCAUCGUGGACCCGGACCUGGAAGGCAAGUUCAACACGGAAGCGAUGUGGAAGGUGGCGGAGAUGGCGUGGGCCAGUGUGGAGGCGCAGGGCACUAGCAGGCCUGACAUGGGGGAGAUCGUGCGAGGCUUGAAGGAGGCCAUAGCGCUCGAGAACUCCGACAUCAGCUCCAAAGUCCCGGGCCAGCACGAUCUGAGCUACUCGUCGUCGCGAGCUUCCUAUUCUUCCUCUGCUCCCCUCAAAUCGCAACCCAGCUACUCUUCCAUCUCCACCUGGGACGCCGACAUGGCGCAACAUCACCAGCCCAGAUAGCGAGGACUCUCCCAUCCCUUGCGCAACAUCCUUCCCGUCGAUUCGCGGCCUCUGUCGUGCUCCACUCCUCCCCUGCAGCUGGAUCCGCCGCGAUCCACGCAGUGGCGAGCUUCGCCCACACAAAUCACAGCACACGAGACGAAAUCCGACGUGCAUCCGUCGAUUCUGGACUGGGAACAUUGCCCCUGGAUCUGGCCGGAUCGACCGGAGCUUCCACGAAUAUGUUGACCCAUUUUUUCAGCCCAAUCCCCGAGAGGCUGCUUGUAGAGAGAUUAGACUGAGAGAUGAUCCUCUUUCGAAAGCGUAGAGUUGACUCGAUCUGCCCCAUCCGUGUAAUGUUUCUUGAGCCCCGCUCCAGCUCCAAGGAAGUGGCAUGGUGGAUUUGAUCGAAGUGUAUGCAGCAGUCUUCAGGUUCAUGCUUUCGGGAGAGAAUCUGUAUAACCUCACUAUCGAUGAGAUUGUUCUCUAGGCCUCACGGUACUCGCACAAUUUCUGCAAGUUUUGUGGCGCAGAGAUUGUUUCGGCGCAUGUGCUCGCAAGAGAAUACAAUGAAAGAAGUUAUCCUUA